CAGUGCCUCCCCUCAGGCCGCCGCACAGUAAGCCAUCAGUCUGCUGCAUACCGGGGGGGGAAGCCUCUCCUCAACGCGGAACUCCUCUCCUCAGCUCGCUCCUGCACUGGACCGGACUUGACCAUCGUACCCAGCCUCUCUGCAGCUUUUGACGGUCAAAUAUGUUUUGUGUGUAGCAGUGAAGAGGAGGAGACGGGGGAGAUUUCUCUGCUACUGUUUGGUUCUCAAGGGGAGGAGCCAGUUGUUGAUUCUACGCUGCAAAGAGAAAGGCGCCGCACAGAGAGGGUAAGGGACUGCUCGCAGUGAAGAGGAGGCCUAAAACGAUGAAGGACAGUCGGCCAGUUCAGGACUAGCUCAAACCGAGGGAACUGCAGUGGAGGUGGAGAAGGAAGGGGGGGGGGGAGAAAACCCGAAGACCAGACCUUGGAAAGGCUCCAAAUUAGUGAUGUUCCCCUCUGACAGGGAUUACCUCCUCCCCGUCGUCUACCUCUCCAUCUCUCCCACUUUUCUUCCCUCACACAACAGAGCAGCCGCCCGGCUCCAAGACUCUGAGCAGUGACAGCUCACUGUGCACACACACACACACACACACACACACACACACACACACACACACACACACACGCUUUUGCAUCCUGCUCAUGGUAGUUGGCCUGCCCUCCUCAGCCGCUGCUCCUGCUCUACUUCUAGACCAUGAAGAGGCCCAAGCAGCAGACGGGGCCGCUGAGCUUCCUAAACUUCUUCAGCAGAAAGCCCAAAUCGGAGCCAAAGCCAGAGAGGCCGGUGGAAGCCUGGCCCAGAGAGGAGGUGGCAAUCACCCUGACCCCAAGCGAGCAUCCAGAGCAGGACCUCAGCCUCACAGCAGAAGAGGCUGGAGAAUCAGGAGUUUCUGGAGGAGAAAGAGGAGAAGGAGGAGGUCCGCCAGCUGCGGCGGAGGUAGGCGAGGACGGUGCCGCCACAGCUGAGUGCGUGGGCGGGGUCAGCAGCGGCUCCACUGGGGUCCUGUCCCUAUCCUCCACCAGCCAGGAGCAGCUAUUGGAUGAACACCUGGAGGAGUGCCCACUGUGCCUGCUCAGUCAACCGCGUUGCCACUUCCCACGACUCACCUCCUGUUCCCACCGAACAUGCUCCGACUGCCUCCGCCAGUACCUGCGCAUUGAGAUAACAGAGAGCCGGGUGGGCAUCGCGUGCCCUCAGUGCCCUGAGACACUGGCGCCACUGGAUGUUCGUGCCAUCCUGGAUGACCGGGCGCUGCUGGAGCGGUUUGAGGAGUACCAGUUGAGGCGCUUCCUUGCUGCUGACCCAGAUACACGCUGGUGCCCUGCGCCUGACUGCAGCUAUGCAGUGAUAGCUUACGGCUGUGCAGAGUGUCCCAAGCUGAGCUGUGGCCGUGAGGGAUGUGACACCGAGUUCUGCUACCACUGUCGCCAGCUAUGGCACCCCAACCAGACGUGUGACCAGGCCCGGCGCCAGCGGGCUCGCCACACCUCAGGCGGCAAUGAUGCCUCCACGCUGUACGUCUUCAAUGAAGAACCUGGAGGAGAUGCAGAGGAGAUCAAAGCGUGCCCUCGCUGCGGGGCUUACAUCAUGAAGACCAACGAUGGCAGCUGUAACCGUAUGAACUGCACUGUGUGUGCCUGUCAGUUCUGCUGGCUGUGUAUGCAGGAGAUCACUGACGUGCACUACCUCAGUCCCUCAGGAUGUACAUUCUGGGGGAAGAAGCCAUGGUCCCAGACCCGCAAGGUUCUAUGGCAGGUGGGCAUGUUGCUUGGAGCACCGGUGGUCAUCUCCCUUAUAGCGGGCAUCGCCAUCCCAGUCAUCAUUGUGGGCAUACCAAUCUACAUGGGCCGCAAGGUUCAUGGUCGCUGUAAGAAAAACAAUAUCUCAGGAAGUAAGCACUACUUGACUGUGGCAAGUGGGGUGAUGAUGUCAGUGUUUGUGUCGCCGGUCAUAGCAGCUGUCACUGUGGGUGUGGGUGUGCCGCUAAUGCUGACUUAUGUAUAUGGCGUCGUCCCAAUGUCGCUCUGUAGGAAUGGUUGGUGUCGACCACCGAGUGAGCCCCCUGAAACACACAAAAUCCAGCUGGAGGACUUAGCGAGCUAUCUUCUAUUCUCUCAUGUAGUCAGUGACCACUGGACAGGUCAGAACAACCCAACGCUCAGCGACACCAGUGUCCAGGAAGUCAGAGUCAGUGUACAGGAAGUGGGCGUCCUCCCUAGUACAAGCACCACGCCCCCGGAGCUAGAUAGCUAUGAGGAAUUGGAUGAAGCCACAAAACACCAUGGAUACACCCAGCAGAACAGCCAGUCAGACUGCGAGGUGGUUAUUGUGCCUGACAGCAAGCUCGAUGACACACAAGUGCUUCCUUUGAGAGAAGGAACCAAUAUUGAGGUCCGUGUGGAAAUUGAGACCCAUCCCAGAGGCGCCCGCCAGUCCAGCCUAAGUAGCAUCCUGUCCAGCCGAAGCUUGUCAGUGGAGUCCCUGGGACACUCCCAGUCCCAGUCCCAAGACUACCUGUGUGCCUCAGAACUGGAAGAAAGACGAGGAGGAGGAGAGGAGCAAGAGGGACGAGAGAAACCAGGAGGGGAAGCAGGAGGAGACGAAGGGACAGUUUUCCCAGUCUUUGAAAUAGACAGUGUAUGAGGUCCUCCAAUGCAGGCUUUGUACUUGGUUGAAGAUUAGUCAGGUUUUAUGGAAAUAAAGAAAUCCAUGAGCUGACAUGUCACUGGAUUGACCUGAGAAUCGUUGGUCAAGGCCACCUCCUGCUUCCAAGACAGGCCCUCCCACCAGUUGCCUUCUAGCUCCAGCCUCUAAGGAAGACGCGGGUUUAGAGAGAGCAAAUGAAAAAUUGUGUGUAUGAGACAAAUAGCAUGAGACUAUGACAUAAAAAUUGGAGGGGGAUAAAAUGUGAAAAAGACAGGAUAGCAUCCAUCAAUGAAUCUAAAACAGAAGUGACUGAAAGCAUGUUAGCUGACUGGUUCAGUCUGUUUUUUUCUAUGUUGUCCUUUCUGUAAAAGGCUACCUUACUCCCCCUCUAUUAUGAAUCUGUUUUAUGAACCUCUCUCUUUAUCUGGCUGUAUUCUUACACUUCUUUUAGUGACCUCACCUCCCUCUUCCCUCUCCCUUUACAAAUAAAGAGACCCCCACAAGCAUGAUUUGUUUUAUGGGGAAUUAAGAAUCUUACAACUGUCGUGUCAGCAAGUAAAUAUCACAUGCUUCAAGCCAAGUUGCUACACAGUAGUAGUGAUUUUUUUUCUAUCUUAAAUAAUAUCCCCGGAUUUUUAAGAUGCAGUGGUCACACCUGAAUUGGGCAACCUUAAACAGACGACGCAUGCUGCACUGUUACGAUUUCUCUUUUGUGGCAGUGAUUUAAUUGACUGGAUGGUUUAUAAAUACCAUUAAUAAUAACUACUAAUCUCAAAUCCACAGUCUUCCAUGAGAGCAGACAGGAGGAAAUGUCACAUUUGCAUUGUUUUAGUGCAGCUUUUUAGCCUUCAAAAGGCUAUUUAUUUUUAAACUGGAGAGGGAGACACUGCUUUAGUUUGUAAAAAUGCUCAUUCUAAUGCAGAUACUUGUGUUCAUUAGUGACAACAACAUGGCAGCAACACUGCAGUCUUUUUCCGAAGUCUUCAAUUUAAAAGUACAGUAGCUGCAUGAUUCUACUAAUUGCUGUGUAUCCAGGAUAUAACAAACACACACGCAAAUUUAUACACCCACACAUAUGCCCACACGCACAGCAGUUAAGUGUAGUUGCAGUAGUGUGCGCUGCUGAGAGCAUUACAUAUAAACUAAAGACCCUCUCAAAUGAGAGCACCAAAAUUACAACAGCAGCAUGCCACCUCAGGCCAAACUCUAAUAACCCCUACUAGAUGAUUUAAUACAUGACUAUACAUGCUCUGCUUAGCCUCCUCAGUGUGAAAUACUUGUGAGAGAUGAACUCGGACAUGACAUCAUAACCUGUGCUAGGUUGUGGAGAAAAAUGAAAUAAAGAUUUCACCAUGAAGGACAAAAACACAA